CAAAAUGGCGGACGAUGGCCAAUAUUCGGAAAGUCCAGCUUUAGAAGACGGCUAUGUUGUUGUCAAUGGUGAAACUCACGUUUUGAAUUACGAUACAAACAUUUUAAACCUUGAAGACAACAGAGAUGCUACUCCUGGACAGGAAAUCGAGGCUGACAAUGACAUUCCGACCACGACAGCCACCGACUCUGAUGAAGAGGGAGAUGAUGUUGAGCUAUCUCCCGGAGGAAUCCUCGAUGAAAACACUGUUGGGGUUGGACUGUCAAACCUUGGACGAUCUGCCGAUGGUACCAAACAAGUCUACCUUCACUGCACUAUACCUGGCUACAGUUUGAUUGACAUUCAAGUGCUGGCAAACUUCACAGAACUACAAAAGGUUGAGAUUCCUUACAAUGAGAUAACAGACCUUUCUCCUCUGAGCGAUCUACCAUACCUGCUGAUCCUAAAUGCUUCCCACAACAAGCUGUCAACAGUGCUGGACUUCAAGCCUCCGAGAAACCUGAAGGAGGUUGACCUAUCCUUCAACGAGAUUGAGGUUAUAUCCGACCUCUCUGCCCAUCACAGCCUCAUGAAGCUGAAUUUAGACAACAAUCACAUUUCCCAGAUCACUGGCCUAGAGAAAUGUUCUAGGUUGAAAGAACUGAGUUUGGCCCAUAACAAGAUUGGAAAGAUGCAGGGUCUGAAUGGACUGCCUAUUCAGUAUUUGAACUUGUGUCACAACAAGUUGACCAUGAUCGAAAACCUGGAAACACUGAGAAAUAUCAAAAGGAUCAACUUUUCCGGGAACAAAAUCCGUAGUUUGAAGGGGCUUCAGAACCAUGACCUGCUUGAAAGUCUCGACCUGGAAGAUAAUGAGGUGAUUGAUAUCUCUGAGAUCAAGUUCAUCAAGGAAAUGCCGAUGCUGCGCCAGUUGAAUCUCCUCCGUAACCCAAUCCAGGAACUGCCAGACUAUCGACUGUCAAUUCUCUUCCAAAUUCAGCGCCUUACUGAACUGGACAGGCAUAAAGUGGAAGUUGAUGAGAAGGUAUCAUCGAUGAACAUGUUCAACCCCCCACCGGAGGUAAUCGCGGCCAGGGACCACAUUAUGCACGUUGUCUACUCAUUCCUCCAGCCAAGCAGAGUCUGGGACAGCACGCUACCAAGCAUAGAGACGCCCUACCCCAUGCUGGUUUUGGUCGGACCACAAGGAUCUGGAAAGAAAGACCUUGCCAUGAAACUUGUCGAGGAGUUCUCAGACUAUUUUGGAUACGGUAUUUCUCACACUACUCGCAAGCCCCAUAAGGAAGAAACAGCUGGGAAGGACUACCACUUUGUCACUGAGGAGAAGUUUGAAAUGGACAUCAAAACAGGUCAGUUUAUCCAGACAUACCAAUACAACGGUCAAUGGUACGGCCUUCAGAUGGAGUCCAUUGAAUCAGUCGCAAGAGAGGGGCUUGCUUGUGUCGUUCAUAUGGAACUGGAGGGUGUGCUAACGCUGAAAAACACCUACUUUGAGCCUCGAUACGUUCUUGUAAUGCCGCUGUCAGAUGAAUGCCAUGAACAAAAGCUGCAGGAUCGUGGAAUCUACUCACAGAAACAGAUUGAGUACACAUUGUCGAGGGCCGAUAUGUACAAGACCUACAACCAAAAUCACCCAGGCUUCUUCGAUAUGAUGAUCAACAGUGAUGAUAUCCAGGAGGCCUACAAGCGGCUUCGCAGACUGGUUAUGGAUUAUCUCGGAAUCGGCCUUUCGUCUCCGCAGGGUUCUGAUGAUGGCGAACAACCAACCGACGCAAUGACACGACCAGAUACCGACCAGAACCUGACAACUCAGCUUGGGACGCGUACAUGGUCCAGACCAACGGGCACUGAUAUGAUGACAUCACAGCCUUUCCCGCGAAGUCUCGGGGAUCAGACCCCAACAGUGUCUGGUCGAGGCAUUGUUGAGGAAGAGUCCUUACGUCGACGUCAGAGUGCGGCCAAAGAAGCUGUUGUCGGAGCUAACCCCCCGCUCAUGGAACAACUUCUUACAAGUUACCCAAAGACGGCCCCACAGAGCGUCGAAGGUCAGAUGGGUCUUGGAAUCAGCGAAACAACUAUGACUGAUCGUUUAUCACUUUCCGCCCCUGCAGUUAAUAAACCUUUGAGGCCGGGCUCGUCUGAUUCCAGCGAAAAUCGAUCGGGGGCAAGUUCCAGUCUCACAGGGUUAACAUCAGCGAGUGACAUUCAGCGGGGCGGAUCUCCGGAAAUGGCACAGACUGGAGAUGGUGCCCAACAAAAUAUCAACAAAGGUCCGCCAUUACCAACUGAGAUGGUCAAUCCACUAGAAUUGAUGAGCGAAACUGGAAAUGAACCGAAACCUCCCUCAGGCCCGAGACCCGGGUCACAAGGGUCGAGACAUCGACCAGGAUCAUCAAAACAUAAAAUUUUACCUCCUAUUUCACCUAAAAAUAGGCCGGUGGAACUAAAUUAGAUAAUAAUUUUAAUGCAUUGAUAACUUCGGUUUAAAGACACCUGUUAAGAGACUCGCUAUUAAAGAGCAUUUGUAAAUAUUGUCGGGGAAAUUAAAAAUAAAAUCUUACAGGUUAUACGAAAAGGCAUAAAAAAGAAGAAAAUCAAACUUUUCAACCCUUGUUUUUUAACUGGACCUUAUUUUUUUUAUUGCUAACCAGCAGACAAAUAUUUUCUAACAUUUUCUUAUUUUUCUCCGGAAGGGAUCAUUUUUCAGAGUUACCUACAUGUAGGUAUUACUUUUGAUGGUAAAAUUGAAAACGAAGAAAUUAUUUUUUUACGCCCAACACUUUACCUGAAAAAUGUACAAUAAAUUGAGGUUGUAAAAAUAACUGCUGAAACAUACCAGGUAAUUGAAGUAUUAUGAUCCAUAUACGGUAUAAAAAUGUUGACUGCUUUAUUAUGCCAAAUGAAAAAAAUGUAAAAGUAUUAAUACAUUAAAAGCAAUUAUAUUGUUUAAUAGAUUACUGUUAAAGGGACUACACACCAGAUGGUCGCAAAAUUGGCAAAUUCAGUAUUUCCUUAAAACAAGCCAUGAUUUGUCAAUAUGAGCUAGUAUGAUGCUGAUAAUACAUCAUUUAACAUGUUUAAAAGAAUAUUUUGUCGCUGUCUUAGCUGAGUUUACCGAUUUAAAAAUAGCAGAUAAUGGUUUCCCAAUUUAUAGUGUUUAUAUUAAGCAGGUGAAAGUCACGUGAUUAGUACAAAUACAUAUCCCGACGCUAUUUAUAAAUUUACUUGAAGUAAAAUUCGAAUUGGAAAAAUAUGCAAAAUGUGAUACAUCAGUAAGUAAGAUUCAAUGUGAUGUAAACACCGAUAACAAUUUUAUGUAAGUUUUUUUUUAUUUGCAAUGGGAACAUCUGGUGUCUAGUCCCUUUAAAUUCUUGCAUCUGCUUUUUGGUUGCAUGGGUGACUGUGAUAUUCAUAGAACUGUAUUGUUUUUCUAUCUACCUGUAUAUUAAUUAUGUUAUGUGAAAUUUGUUGCAUUUUAAUAAACAAACUUUUCAAUA